UAACAAAAUGGUAUCUAUUAGAAAAUAAUUCGCACAAAACAGUCAAGGCAAUUAGGUGCGCCACUAAUUUCUUACGCGCGUUUAUAGCGUUGCUGCUAAACUAAUCGGCAGCUAGGGCGGCGCGCCAUGAAUCAGUUCGAAGCACGCACCAGUGGUAGGCGCGCUGAAACAUCUGUUGGCGUUACACGGCACGCCGGCUGAUAACGUGUUUUAGUCUGUUCAGGUUGUUCGACGCGGCAGGCGCCAACACAACUCCGCCAUGGACGGUCACAAACCCCUCGACUCGUUCCCCGUCGCCUUCAACGGCGAGCAUUAUGACUUAAAACAAUUUAUGCGCGACCACCCCGGAGGAGUGAACACGCUCAAAAAUUAUAAGGGCAAGUCCAUACUGCACGCGAUGCAGAAGUUCGGCCACAGUAACAGUGCGUACCAUAUGAUGCACGAUCUGCGAGUGGACAGUGAUCACUUGAAGGAUGUGAACUUGACCGGUGAAGUGAGUGAGAACGGACGCAUCAUCACUGGUGAGGAGAAAUCCAGGAACGUUGAGGAAAUCAAAUUCUUAGAGGAAUUAGAGGCUCGGCUAGACUGGUCAAAGCCCUUACUAAACCAGCUGGACGCCAUCGCCCCCCACUACGAAACGUGGGUGAACAGUGCCGUCUACAGAAAGUGUAGACUCUUCGCCAGUCCUUUGCUGGAGAGCCUCACGUACACACCCUGGUACCUGGUGCCCAUGUUCUGGGUACCCAUCAUAUUGUACCUUGGAGUCACGCAGUAUUUAGAACUGGUUGUUUGUGGAGAUUCUUGCACACAGACCCCUCUAUCAAACGGCCAGUACAUAUAUCACGUGGCGCUGGGCGUGCUCAUCUGGACGGCACUGGAGUACACGCUGCAUCGGUGGGUGUUCCACCUGAACCCUGGCUCCUCCGUCACGCUGAUCAAGUUCCACUUCCUCAUACAUGGAAUGCAUCAUAAGGUUCCAUUCGACGGUCUUCGGCAGGUGUUCCCGCCUGUGCCAGCAUUUCUCCUGGCCGUCAUUAUCUACUCAAUGCUGAAGCCAUUCCUGGCCGUACCUCUCUUGAACCUGACUGGAGGACUUAUUGGGUACCUGACAUACGACAUGAUACACUACUACGUGCACCAUGGCUCGCCUCGUGACGGCACCUACCUGUAUGCUAUGAAGAGAUACCAUUCUAACCAUCAUUUUAUCAACCAUGACAAAGCUUACGGCAUCAGCAGCAAAAUUUGGGACCACGUCUUUAGAACGGUAGUGUGCGUCAAGAAGUUAGGUUUUAGCUUACACUGGUAGGAAUAACUUAGUUAGGUAUGAAGUUUAUUGUUGAUAUUGUGACAGAGUUUGUUUUAAACCAUGUGAAGCACCCGCGUGCGUAUAUUGGAGUAAUCCUCUCUGUUAGAGUAAGAAGGUUUUACAUGUCCACAAAAUAUUGCUAAGUAAAUGGAAUAAUGUGAUUACUGCAUUUUACACGUUCCGUCUAAGACGCUAAUUUCUUAAACAAUGAGUAUUUUAUGUAAAUAGUAUUCUUAAUUCUUAUAUUUUCUCUGUACUAAUGGUGAAGGUACUUAUAUUUUUAAAGAUAUGUGACCGUGCAAAAAUGACAGUUGACCUCACGAACUGGGUCAGGUCUCGAGGUUUUAAAGGUCAAAAUAAAAUAACAAUAGUAUUCAAAUACUUUCUAUUUUGAAUCGACUGCGGUAUCGUUAUGCAAUACCUAGGUAUUUGUAAAAGUAAUCUAGUUGUCCUAGUGUGUCUGACGGCAAGAAUGAACAAGACUAUUAUAUUAAGAAGAUAUUUAAUUUUAGUGAAGUCAGUAGUAGGUAUAUAUUUAUUUAUUACUGUUACCAAAGUACUUAUAGUGAAGUUAGGUGGAUAUUGAUGUUAAGUAUUGAUUAUGUUAAUUUUAUUGCCCUUAAUAAGUUUCCUCGCGAGUCUUUGAACAAAUUAAUUUGUAUAGGCACUUACGUAAUUUUCAUAAAUAUCUUAAGUUAUUUACGGCAUUAUGUCCUAACUCUAUGACUAAGCAAAAUAAGGUGGAAUCGCCUUUGUCAUCCUCCCAGAUAUUCGCAUAAACUAAAAAAAGGUUUUAAAUGUUGUCUUCAAUUAAGAAAAGAGUUACGCUUACUAGGUCUUUUGCUAGGGUUGUCCUAUGCGGGUUCUUAUACACAACGAAACUGGAUAAUGCCCAUAGAGUACUGUUUAAAAGGUAGCCCUAGUCAUAAGCUAAGAUACCUAUACUUACAGUUUACAGCGCUUUCACAAUGCGGAUUUUCCGCUUGAUUUUCCCGCAAUUGACAGCAAACAAUUGAUAAGUUAUGUUCAAGUGAUGAACGCGGGAUAGGUUUCAGUUGCUUAGAAUUAAGAAAAAUCCGAGCGGAAAAUCCGUUGGUGGGAAAUGGCUGUUAUUGUUGAUUCUGUGAUUUAUGAUGACUUUACAAAUAAUAUAUUUUAUGGUAGACGUAAAGUAGGAAUUGGAGUAAGAGUAAUUUUGUGGAACAAGGAUGCAGUGACAUGCCAAAGACUAGAACAAUGUGCCUUAAUUACUAUUUUAUUUAAAUCUGUAGUAUCCCCAACCAGACGCCGGUUAACUUAUCCGUAUCUGUCAAAUUUUACCAACAUUAACAUUAACCUUCCAUUAUUGUGAGGUUGAAUAUCUAUUGAAGACAUUUGACAUAUUUGAGAGAUAGGUUGAUUUGCUGUCGUGUGUUACAAACAGUGCGCUAUUUGUUAAGGAUUUGAAUUAAAACUAAGAAGAACAAUUAUAUUUAAAAUGCUAUUUAUAUUUAUGGUAUAUAAGAUAUUUAUAUUGCACGUGACUGUUCCUGUGUAUGUUGGCUGUUUUGUCAUACUAUUCUAUUCUGAUACAAAUGUAGUAGUGCCUUCUUAAAUGUAUAAAUAUGGCUAUCACCUUCAUAUUUUUACAGUUAGAUUAACGUCGAUAAUAUGUUUAUUUCCUUAUUUCCAUUUGUUAAAAAGUCUAUUAGAAAAGGAAAUUGCAGAUUGUUUGAAGAAAAUAAGUGGGUAUGAUAAACUGGCCAAACGACAAGUUAUCGUAUUUCCGCUGAACGAAGGUUAAGUACUCAAUUCUGAGAAGUCUAUGGGCAUACACCUACCCAGUGACGUCAGAAGGCUGGACUAUGGUUACACUCCAUAUUUGAACCUCGAUGUAUUGUAUUAUCUGGCCGUUUUUUGGUACACAGUUGACAGUACCAGUAACAGAAAAAAUGCAUUCUUCCACGAAAAUUGACAGCUGUCAACUGUCAAAAUACGGUACUUACCACUAUAAAAUGAUUGCAUUGUAAAAAGGUUAAUUAUGAAUUUGUAUUUUUUGUUUACCUCAUUGCAACUACCUUAUUAGUGUAAAAUCGUGCCAUUAACAAUUAUGAAUACAUAUUUUUAAUAAAAGUUUUGUUUGAAUUUUG